AUGACACCACAUUCGAGAAGAAAUUCCAUCACGUCGGUGUCCACUGCAAACACAUACACAUCACAACAAAUGCCCCACAUCAACAAGUCUUUAUCAAGAGACAUGUCCACCGACAAUUUAAUUUCAGUUGACAGUAAAUUCAUCAAGAAGCCAACAAAGAAGGUGGCUGGAGGAUUGUCACCGCAAAUAGCUCCCCAUGAUUCCUUCUCCAAGAGCAAUAGUAUUACUAGUGCCACCAGCUAUACAAGCUAUGCAAGUCACAACAGUUACACCAGUAAUGCUAGUAACAUCAAUCACAACUACCAGCAGAGCAGCAUCAUCAACAACAACAGUAACAACGCAGUGGCUAACAGCAGCUUUAGAAACCAGGGACCUUCAGCUAAUUCCUACUACACCAAGGAAGGUGUAUACUACUUUCCCAAUGGUGAAGUAUUUCGGCCCAGAACCGCACCAACAAAGAGAAACAGACCAGGGAAAAUAAUUGUUGACACGUCCUCCACAAGACAAAACAAUAACAUCAAUAAUAACAACAACAGUAACAACAACAGUAACAACAAUAAUAAUUACCAGGGUAUGAGCCAAGGAUAUCACCCCAAUCAAACACACUAUUCGCCUUCCAUGGGGCCUCAUAUGAAUCAACCGCGUUUCGCUAAUGAAUCACCAUCGUCGUCACCAGCCAUUGCUGCACCCCCAACUCUUCGAUCAGCUGGUUCAUAUACAUCUCUUCCAAAAUCUAAUUCACUACAGAAUGUGCGAUUAGCUAACAAGCAGAACUUGUCGAAAACUAUUAGAGAUAACAGGGGUGACAUUCACACAAAUAUAACAAUUGAUAAUAAUAACAACAAGAUGCCUUAUGAAAACUACAAAAACAACAGUGCUUCAAGUUUGAAAAAUUUGCAUAAACUUCACUCUCAAAAUAUCACCAAAUCAGAACAGCAUUAUUCAUCAAAUGCAUCUUCAUCCAUAUCUUCAUCUAGUUCCAACAUGUCUAAUGUUUUGCAAAACCAGUACCACAAUAAUUCUACAACACAUUUGGAUCGGUCUGAUAGUAACACACCAUCGACUUCAAUUAGUGACGAUCACAUUCAUGCUAAGCAUUAUCAUCCUCAAAAUCAGUUUAACCAUUCAGUGGAGAAUUCUGGUGAAGCUGAAUUAACCUCGAACGCGGACAAUGUAGGUGGGGGUUUUCACGAACACACGGGAGAGCCAACCCUACAUCAAAAUCACGAGGAUUCAUCGCGAGUAGAGUCAAACAAACCGCUUGAUCAAGGUAGAUCAACUAAACAAGACACAAGCAGCUAUGCUUCCGCUGAACAAAAUGGCGCCGCUGCAAAUGCAAAUAAUGACACGAAUAGAGAAAGUAGUGGCUCUAGUGACCAAAGACUAAGUAUGGAUUCGGUCUCAGAUGGUAGUGGUAAUCGCCGUGACGAUGACGAUGCCACCGAUGACACAGUUCUUAGUACCUUGAAUGCCAAUAGCGAGGACACAUUCAAGACAGCAACAGCCGUGUCUACCUUACGCUCGAAUAGUGCCGGCCACUCAUUGAGCUCUAUUGGAGAUAACUUGCACCGCCAUGCUGUGCAUGAUUAUCCUACGUCGUCCCAUUCCGACAAUUUGCAUAAAGCAUAUCUGGAUCAGCCAUUGAGACAUUCUUCUUCGUCUAUUUCAGAUGUCAGUAUCGACGAUAAAGAUAGCUUGGAUGAAACACCUAUAUUGACCGCGCCAAUCACGAGCCCAAUUGUGCCCCAGCUGGAUAUGUCAAGACAUAGAAAUGACACAACCAAGGCAUGUGAGGCGCCAGAGAAGCCGGUUCUUGCAAAUAUUUCAGACAUGUCAUUUAAUUCCACACAAGAAGAUUUAUCCAAACCCUAUGCAGAAAAUCCUGAGGCUAAGGAGACAGCAUUGGUUUUUUCUAGCCACAGAGACGAACCUGAACAAGGUACGACCUCGAUAUCGGUACCAAUUAAUUGUUCAGUUUUGGAGAAGAAAGCGGAAGAUGUUCCUGACUUGAAGCCUCCACGUCAAGUUGCUAGUGUCAGAAAGACUUCAAGUGGUGACCCGCCUAGUGACGAGAGCUUUUUGCCGGAGCCAAGUAUCGAUAAUGGUUCGUUUGUGGAUGACUAUCUGAAUAACGCUUCUCCUGAACUGUACAAAUUGAAUGAAUUGAUUGAAGCACACAAUGAGCCAAGUCCUUCGGAAGUUAAUCAAAUCAAAGAAGGGCAGGGAAGUGUGAAAAAUCAGACGAUAAGUGUUCCCCAAAGUGCUGAUAAAUUGAAUCAACAGGUAUUAUCACCUUCUUAUUCCUUUUCAUCCGUUCAGUCAGCUGAUUAUGAAAUCACUUGUAAAUCAUUCAAUGGGUUGGUCAAUGACAAUCAGGAAGCAGUUCCACCUCGGGGAGAUGUUCAGAUUGGCGAGAAAAAGAUUAGAAAACAUCAUCGACAUGCGUCGUCUACUUCAUCGGCCGAGUUUAUCAGCCAGCUUAAACAAGAGGCAUCAAAACCGGUGUCCAAUGAUUCAAAUACGACAGCAAAUCCGUCAACUCCAAAAGCAGAAGGACAGAGGGUAAGUGAUGAAAUUGAAACACCACCGUAUGAUGCUGUUCCUCCACCACCAAUAGACAAAUCACCAGGUAUGAAAGUUAAAGGAAAACCAAAGAAGCAUAAGCACCAUCACCAUCACCAUCAUCAUCAUCAACGCCAUGACAAUCAUCACAAUAUGCAACAAGAGAAUGGAGACAGUCGCAAAUCGAGUAAUGUUAAAGUUGGCUCAGCAUUGAAGGAAGAAGUAGUUUUGACACCUCAGCUGAAUAAUUUCCCUAAAGUAGGCUCCUUGUUGACCAGUGAUACAGCUAUCCAUUCGGCAUCAAAAGAUGAACCAGCAAAGACUUCCAAACCAAGUUUAGUUUUGAAUGACUCGGUCUUCAAUAAACCAGCGCCUUCUUUUCAAAGUACAAAGCAAUUCCAUUCGCCUCAACAGCUGCAACAUGCACCGUUAGAAUCGCCCAAAGCAUCGUUGUUUAGUUUUAACACUUCCAUCUCGUCGACAUCGCCUUCAAAAUUGCCCAAGUCGAGCUCCAUAUCCAAUUUCAAGUCAUUUUUCAAAAAAUUGAAACCAAAGGAAAAAGACGCCAAUGUUUCUACUAGUAACGUUUCCUUGAAUAGUGGAGCAUCCGCAUCACCUUCAAAAAAGAAGUUGAACCGUGGAUUGUUUGGAUUUAGUAAAUUCAAGAAGGAAGAAACGACACCUCCACCAACGGCCGCGUCAAAACUAGAGAGCAACAAUGAUGCCAAUAUUAGUCGAUUAUCAGUUCUUAGUGAAGCUUCAUUCAAACUAGGUGCCUUACCUGAUUUCGAACCCGAAGGUGACGGCUUGUUUGAUGAUGUGAUGCUUACUUUUGACGAGCAGUUUGAACGUGAUUUGACUCCAACUAAGCCACCAGAUUUUGUAAAGUUGUCGCAAACUGCAUCAAGGAAUAAGAAUAGCAACGGUUUAUUGAGUGAACCGUUUUUGAAAGAUGAUGAGUUGACUAAGGAACAAAUUGCGGAUCAACAGUUGCGUGAUAAUACAGAGAAUUCUGGUGAGGACGGAAGUGGUGCCAGUAAUGAUGAUGAGGAUGAUUACGGUGGAGAGGAACAAACCAACACUGGUUCUGAUGUUACUGAAAACAAUGCCGACACCGGCACUUGGACGGGCACCUACAUUGAUGAAAACAUUGAGUUUUUGAAAAAUGAAGGCUUUUGGUCUCAAUUAGAUGAAGCUGCCUUGGCUAAGCAAAUUGAGCUCGAGAAGAGAAGCAGUGGGAUUACCCAAAGACCUAAAGAAGAACAUUUUACUGUAUCCACACCAAUCCAGGAGUCAAUGAAUGAGGAAGGAGAUACUGAUGCUUCAAAUGGCAAGCCAUUGACAGCCCCUAGCGAUACCUCACCGAAUGGAACUGCCAGGGUAGUUGUCGACAAUCAUGAAUUGAACUACAUUUUCUCCAAUUUGACCGAAGAAGGUAAACGCAAUUUGCCAUUGCAUUUGAAAUAUAUUAAGCAGUUUCGUGAUUACUCAACUGUUGAAGUUGAAAUGCGCAAGUUUCAAGCUGUGCUUGAGGAUAAACCAAAAACGAUUCAACCAUUGAAUAAACCAUCGAUUCUUAAACGUAGACAAUAUAAAUUCAAUUCACCAUAUGAUCAGCAUCAACAGCAAUUGCAAAAGUCAGUGAGUUUUCCUCAACAACUGAACAACAAACGCGUCAAUUUCAAUAACAAGAUUCUCAUUAAUGAAACUUUUUCCAGUGAUGCUUACAAAAGAUACAAUAAGUCAGUUACACAAUACAGUUUAUCUGAUUCGAAAGAAAUUAGCAAUAUCAAGAAUGAAGUCAAUUACUACAAGUGUAAUGAAAUGUUGGUUCAUGAAAGUUCACAAAAUAAUACGCAUUUUUACUACUAA